AUGCCGACGACUGCUCCACUCACGGGCCCUGCCGUGCAGGCAACUGCUCCACUCCCGGGCCCUGCCGUGCUGGCGACUGCUCGGCUCGCGGGCCUUGCCGUGCUGGCGACUGCUCGGCUCGCGGGCCCUGCCGUGCUGGCGACUGCUCGGCUCGCGGGCCCUGCCGUGCUGGCGACUGCUCGGCUCGCGGGCCCUGCCGUGCUGGCGACUGCUCGGCUCGCGGUCCCUGCCGUGCUGGCAACUGCUCGGCUCGCGGGCCCUGCCGUGCUGGCGGCUGCUCAGCUCGCGGGCCCUGCCAUGCUGGCGACGACUACUCCGCUCGCGGGCGCUGCCUGUCUGGCGGCUGCUCGGCUUGCUCGCACUGCCGUGCUGGCGACUGCUCGGCUCGCGGGCGCUGCCGUGUUGUCAAUAUUGCCUGCUUCGCUCACGGGCACUGACGAACUGGCAACUGCUCCACUCGUGGGUGCUGCUGUGCUGGUGACUGCUCCGCUUGCGGGUGCUGCUGUGCUGGCGACUGCUCCGCUCGCGGGUGCUGCUGUGCUGGCGACUGCUCCGCUCGCGGGUGCUGCAGUGCUGGCGACUGCUCCGCUCGCGGGUGCUGCAGUGCUGGCGACUGCUCCGCUCGCGGGUGCUGCUGUGCUGGCGACUGCUCCGCUCGCGGGUGCCGCUGUGCUGGCGACUGCUCCGCUCGCGGGUGCUGCCGUGCUGGCGACUGCUCCGCUCGCGGGUGCUGCCGUGCUGGCGACUGCUCCGCUCGCGGGUGCUGCCGUGCUGGCGACUGCUCCGCUCGCGGGUGCUGCCGUGCUGGCGACUGCUCCGCUCGCGGGUGCUGCCGUGCUGGCGACUGCUCCGCCUGCGGGCGCCACCAUGCUGCUAUCUGCUCUGCCUGCGGAUACCAUCGCGCUGCCGGCUUCUCCUCUUUUGGAGGAUGCCGCGCUGCCGACUGCUCCGCUUGCGGCUGCUCUGGUCGCGGCCUCUGCCGCACAUUCAACUGAUCCACUUGCGUUCACCGCCUCGGUGCCGACUGAUCAGCUCGCGGACACCGCCGCGCUGCCAACUGAUCAGCUCGCGGACACCGCCGCGCUGCUGACUGAUCAGCUCGCGGACACCGCCGCGCUUCCGACUGAUCAGCUCGCGGGCACCGCCGCACUGCCGACUGAUCAGCUCGCGGGCACCGCCGCGCUGCUGACUGAUCCUCUCGUAGACACCGCCGCGCUGCCGACUGAUCCUCUCGUAGACACCGCCGCGCUGCUGACUGAUCUGCUCGCAGACACUGCUGAACUUGCAUCUACUCCCGUCACAUGGCCUGUCAACAGCUCCACUGGCGGGGAGCUGUCAUGCUUCUGUCUGCUCAACUUCGUGUGGUCUACUGUGCAUGUCUGGUCAGCUCCUUGGGGGCCAUUGUCGUCGUGUCUGCUUAUCUCCACAGGAGGCUGUCUUGCUGGCAUCGGCUCAGUCCGCGGUAUUUUGGGUUCGGUAGGUGCUUGUCAGGCCAACAACUGCUCUGCUCAGAGAAUGAUGGCUGGACAACUCGGUCGCCAUAUCAACUGA